AUCGUGGUCUCAAAAGCCUGCAGCAGCAUCUCCUCUCUUGAAUUGUGGAUAUGACCCGACUAAGAUGCAAAUGGGAAAUGAAUGCAUCUUCCAGCAUCACAGCUACCAAUACCACAGCCUCUCGCACACCUCUUGUUUCAGUGAUCGUGAUGGAAUAUACUGUACUAAGCAUGACUACUUCUUCGACCGUUGAGAUGAAUUUCAAGAUGUUUCCAGCAACUCAGGAUGAGAUGAGCAGGACAUCUGCAACUUGCUUCUGUAAAUUCUAAAAUGCUUAAAACUAUUUGUUUUAACAAUUUAAGAAUUGAAUGCACGCUAUGUUGAGCUGGAUAAGUUACAUUUCUGUUUGUUUGCUAGAUUUCAGUCUGAAAAGCAGAAGCUGCCGGAGGUGUUGGCAAUGAUUCUGCAUUAACAGAAUCUUCCUUCUUUUUUGUUUUGUUUCUCAGUACGCUGAUACUGUGUUGACAGAGUUUGCCAAACAAAGAGUCUUAAGCCAUGUCUGUCUUAACAGUUAGCUGCUUUCUCACGUAUUGUUUUUUCCACAACCACAAGCAAACUGAGCUUAAUGGUGCUCCUUUGGAUUGUUAACUGUAGAAUCAAGGCAAUGGAGGUAAUCGUUAAUGAACUAAACUCAUGCAGACAAAUUAACACUUGAAUGUUGAUGCAUUCACUCUAUGUACAAUGUAACCUCACAUUCUAAUAGUUUGUAUAGUAAAGAAUGCAAAAAGAAAAAAAAACUGCAUUAACAGAGGGGAGACCAAAAGGAGGAAGCAGCCAGCUCUGUGGUUGUGCUACUACAUACGUGCAAUCACCUCCUGUUUCUGACGAAGCAAAUACCCACAAACACACACACACAUGCAAAACUGGACGGUGGUGUCUGAAACACACACACACACGAGUUCAUUUUCAUAACUUAACCUUCCACGAGUGGUUGGCACAUGAAUCCAUGCAGAAACAGAGACACACACUUCUCUGUAGGGCUUCUUACACACUCACAUCGUUUCCAAGACUUUAAAAAAUAUCUGCUGGUGAACAUGUGGUGUAAUGUGGAGGGCACAAAUACUAUGUAAUGCUUUAUUUUCACGCACAAGAGCACUCGAGGGUCUUCACACAGCUUUCAGUUCGAUUCCAGUCCUGUUGAACGGAUGAUAUACAAGACAGCAUGAUGAAUUCCACAGAGACGCAAACCAACACAUCCACGUCCAGCAGCCCUUUGACACCUACGAGCUCAGCGUCAGGCGAUCCCAACCCAGAGUACCACCAUGUCCUCCUGGCCAUCUACUCUGUGGUUCUGCUCAGCGGCACCAUCAGCCUGGCCAUGAUGGUGCACUUCAUGAAGUCCAGCAACACGUCCAUCACCUCCAUUGCCGUUCUCAACCUCAUCUUCUCCCACUUCAUCUUCCUUGUCACGGUCCCUUUCAGGAUUUACUACUACGCCAUUGGAUGCUGGCACCUGGGCAAUGUGUGGUGUAAAGUGGUCAGCAGCAUGAUCCACAUCCACAUGUACAUGUCCUUUGUUUUCUAUGUGAUCAUCCUCAUAACGCGCCUGAUGGCGUUCUACCACAGAGCAGGGCAGUCCUUCCAGAGGAUUCAAGCACUGCUGAUCAGCGCCGGGGUGUGGAUAGUGGUGCUUGUCGCGGUUCCUUUCACAAUUAAAUUUUCCUACGGCACAGACAUGAAUACCAACUCAACACAUUGCUUCAAGUUUGGGGAAAGCAUCCAAGCUGCCGCCAAAGUGAUCAACUACAUCGUAAGCACAUUGAUCAUUGUGGUCGCAACCGUGCUGACAGUCCUCCAAGCCAACGUCCUCAGGGUUUUAUACAGGAAACAUCACGACGGACGCACCUCUCAGCAGGACUUUGGAGCUCAGGUGAAGAGCAUGUGCUUCGCCCUCGUUAUGGUGGUCUGCUUCAUCCCUUACCACAUUUUCCGGCUGCAUUACUUAGAGCAUGUAUCUAAAAUGCAGAAUGCAAAUGAGGUGUUUCUGAGUCUGACCACUUUUAACUGUUUGGACAUGCUCACCUUCUUGGGAAGGAGAAACUGUUACAUGUGCUUCCUGGGGAGGGAGGGUUGAAAACUGCUCUGGUGGGGGGGGGGAACUGCUUACUAGCCUUUUUGGUGGUGUUGUCAAGAUCAAUUAUUAUAGAGGUCAAAAAAUGCUGCAAUGGAAGAUUUCUAAAAGAAAAAAAAGUUUUUUUUUUCGAAAAAAUAGAAAUACAGAAAGCAGUCAAAGUGAAUUAUAACAACUGAGAACAAGCUGGAAAUGUUUUUUUGUUUUGUUUUUUAAAUUUGCAACAUGUUUCUCCUGAUGAAAAUAUUUUCCUAUUGCAUGUUUAUCCUCCAAUCAAGAAGAACAAAGCUUCUUUACCGAGUCGUAAACAAAUGAACCCCUCUUUGUUUCGUUAAUGCUACCACAUGCAUCAAGAGCUCAACAUGACUUGACUCAAAGUAAAGGAUCUCUUGCCAUCUGGUGGUCUGCUAUGUGUACUACACAUGCUUCAAGCUUCAUAUUUGUAAAAGCAGCUUAUGGCAUUGGUCAUUAGACGGAAUCAUUUUUCAUCCCAAAUGUAACUUCAUGUCAAAAGACUUUUGGAAAUGAAAAAUAAAUGUGUCACUGUAUUUGCUAACA